AUGAUAUUGUAUGGGAUUAAAGAAGAAGAACCCGAGUCCAUAUAUAAAGCUCUUCAAUCAUCGAACUGGAAAGAAGCAAUUCAAGCUGAUUUUGAAGCUCUUGAAAUGAAUAACACGUGGAUGCUGGUAACUCUGCCUGAAGGAAGGAAAGCAGUAUGUUGUAAAUGGCUGUUUAGAAUCAAAAGGAAUGUUAAUGGCACUCUACAAUGCUACAAGGCGAGGUUAGAGGCAAAAAGGUUCUCUCAAGUACCUGGACAAGACUUCCAUGACACCUUUAACCCCGUGGUUAAAUCAUCCACAAUCAAUGUCAUAUUGUCCAUAGCAGCUCGUAACAACUGA